AUGCACCAAGAAAAAGUGAAAGAUGCGCGUGGAUACAACGCUUACCCAGGCAGCCACUCCUUCGAAGAGCAAGUGCCGUCCGAUAUCGACACCACCUUUAUCCAACCUGUCAAGCUCACCGACGCUAAUGCCCUCCCAAGACGUCUUGUUCGUUAA